GUGUUGCCAUUUUCAUGCCUGUACUACUGUACGUUGUCCGACCCUGUUGGCCUUAGCUUAGUUUUGUGGUCUUAAUUGCUUGUUUUUCAUAUAAAUUUGCACCCAAAAUUAAUGCCAUGUGGUGACCUCUCAGCUCUGCUCUUCACAUGGCUUCCCAGUUUUCCAUGUCUUCUACUGUAUAGAGAGAACUAUAAUCAGUUUCUCAAGAAGAACAGUACAAUUAGGUUGGGAAAUGUGAGUGAUGAGUAGUGGAUUCUGUCAAUUUGUUGCCUAUUUCUGGAAAUCCCCCAUGAAUCUCAUCAAGCCAUUUUUCCCCUCCCAGUUUCCUUCAUAGAUCAUAACAGAGAUCCACCAAAAAAAAAAAAAAACAGAGAUCAGAAUAUCAGACCAAAUGGCUUCUUCUUCUUCUUCUUUUUCUGGGAUUCUCCAAAGAAACAUACAAUCUUGGAUUGCUGUUCUUGUCCCAUCUGCAGUUUCCUUGUUUUUUGCUAUGGUUUCUUCAGGCCAUAGUGUUGUGUCCAUUUCCAUCACAUCUCUGGCUCUGCUCAUCUCCACUGCAAUCAUGGCACUCAAACCCCCAAAACCCCAAGCAGAAAUUAAAAUCUGCAGCUCAGAAAUCAAGAAAGUUGCAGAAGGAGAAGAAGAAGAGGAGCAGAAGGGGUACUCUAAUGACCCAUCAUCUUCGAGUGAAGAUUAUUCAGACAUUGACAGCACAGCACAGGGCUCAGAUGAUGGAUCCAUCUCUGAUGAUGAUGAUGAUGAGGAAAGCCUGUUUGAGAUAUGCCUUCUCCCCUACAGUGGAAACUUUGUUGGGCAUGAAAAGGAAAGCUCCAAGGAUUGUUUGAUGGAAUUCUUGACAGACAUGAAUGAGGAAGAUAACAUGAUUGAGAUCGACAUAUCCAUGGGAUCCAUCAAGUGCUCAGGAUUUUAGAUUGAGGAAUCAUAAUUCAUAUAUAUAUUAUCCUGUUUUUGUUUUUUUUUUUUGGAUUGAUGUUUUUUUUCACUGUUCAAGUUUUUUUUUUUUAUCCUAGUGGAUUUCUGCCACUCUAGAAAUUGGACAGUACUUUUCAGUUUUACCAUUGGUGAGCUAACUGAUUUAGCUACAGUGAUGUAUGUGCCAGCAUGUAUGGUAAAUACUAAAUAGUUAGUUGGAUUUGGCAUUU